UUUUUACACGUAACAAUAUCCGUUUUGUUGCGGAUAGGUCAGCCAGAGAAAUACUGUUAGAAAAGAAAAAGCAUUACUAGUAAUGUUGCAGCUUUAUUGGUGAAAAUGAAAGAGAAAGAAAUGGUAUCUUGAGAAGUUGAGCACAUUGAGACUAGACAUGCUAUAUGAUGAAAGAACUAAUCAGCUGAUGCAUAUAUAUUCAUAAAAACCUUUCCCAUACAUGUACCUUGAUGGAGUAUAAAAUUCAACUUACAGAAUAAAAUCAUAGAUAACAGAGGUUAUUAACAAAUAAACAGAUGUUGAAUAAAGGAUAUAUGGUAAAUAAAUUGUGGAGUUGAAUAAAAGAUGUCCGACAGAUUAUCAGUGGUGUAUCUCCCAAGUAUAUCUGUUGUUCAGAUUCUGUCGUAUCUAACAUGGGAAGAUAAGAUAGCAGUCUCAUCAGCGUUUCCAGUAUGGGAUAUUAUACUGUCAUCAGCAUCAGCUUGGCCGAUUGUCGUAUAUGAAAAUGAAUUGAUUGAAAACGCUUACUUCAUCCCUGAAAGGAGGUCACGCUUCAUGUCUUGUAUAAAGCAGUAUGGCCAGUAUAUAAAGAACAUCACAAUUGAAUUUGCAUUUGAAGUAGGACAUGGUGGUCUAAACAUAUUCCAAGCGAUAUCCAAAUAUUGUGUUAAUUUGCGAGGUUUUUUACUGGUACAGGAAUGGGAAGUCGGGAGUAUUGGUAUAGAUCUUGAUAGUUGUGCUAUAGAAUCAGUUUGUCAAAUACUAGAAAAAUGUACAAAGUUGCAAUCUGUAGGAGUAAAUUAUUGUGACAAUGAAUAUCAUGUGGAACAGGACAUAGGACUCCUAGAUGUUAUAGUUAACAAGAAUUUAGCCCAUAAGAUUACUCAACUGGAAAUUUCCUGCAUGCUUUUUUAUGAGGAUUUUGAUCAGCGGGAAUUUCCUGUGCUUACAAAAUUUCCUAAUCUUAAAAAAUUGCGAACAAGACGUGAGAUAAUGACAUCAAGCUUACUAUUAGAAUUAGUUAAUAAUUCAUUACAAGAACUGACACUCGUGCAAGAAGAAGAAUUGCCUUUCCCUUUACAAAAUGAUUUAAAUGAGGAUUUUUGGAAACUUGUAUUAAAAACUUGUCCUAAUUUUAAAUUGGAUCUUGUCUUACGUUACCUUAUGGUUAUUAAAGAAAAUUUUCCUCGUUCUAUGCCUCUAAGACGUCUUACUUUAGAUGAUUUAGCUAAUAUAGUGACAAAAGGUGUUUUAGAUCAUAUAAUCGAUUGUUAUCACAACACACUUACAACAUUAAAAUACACCAAUUCUUUAUUGGAAAAUAAUGAAGCUGGCGAUAAAAGACUUCCAUUUGCCCUCGUUGAUAUGAUUAGAAGAUGUCCAAAGUUUAAGUGUUUACAGUAUGGAUUUCCUCUAUCAAGUACAUCAGUGCUUCUUAUAGCUCGUAUUAGAAAGUUGAAGACUUUAAUUCUUCAUGGUGUUGAAAUAUCUUAUGAAUAUGAUUGGCCAAAAAAUUCUGACUGGCCACCAGAGUUUAUUCAUUGGUUGAAGGAAUGUGGUUCUAGUCAAGGUAAGCUAGAAGAUACAGUGUCAGGACUACAAGACAGGAAAUGGAGAUUAACAUAUGAUCCUUUUACAUUAGAUGAUAGACUGAAUGCUUUAUUUAUAUAAUACAUGUAUACAUGUAUGAUUGUAUUUGUGAGUAGAUCAGAAACGUCUUUUAAGUGAUAUUUCAAAGAAUACAGGUUUUUACUUUUAUACCCUUUUGGUCAUUAAAGUAUCAGGUUACACUAUAUCAUGCUAUGAAGCUUAUAAUGCUCACCUAGAAUAUUUACCCUGAUCCUAAUAUCAAUUAUUUUUGAAAGGUUUAUAUAUAUUUAUAAGAACUAUAUUAUUGUACAUGUAUGCACAUGUAUUGUGUUAAGAUUCUUGCAUCUUUUUCAUGUUAAGACGUUCAGUUUAAUAUAAGGGUAAAAUUUAUGAUUGAAAGGUUUUACAUUAUAUUAUUAUGUAUAAACAUAUACAUGUAUGAAGGAUGAUGAUCGGGGAGAUUAACAGAAUCAGUCUUGAAUAUCUGAUAAAGUAAUUUGAUAAUGCCAAAAUCCUAUUGAAUAGAAUGAUAAAGUGUUAUUGCUGGAUAAAUAAAAUGUGAUACAUAUUGUAUUCAUUAAUGAUUCACAUCUGUGAUAAAAAUGUUUUAUUUCA